AUGGAGUCCUUAACGAACAUUUCCUUUAAAGCUACUGACAAAGGUUUAAAUGAAACAUUGAGCAGUUUGGCACCUCUGCAAUUGGAAGCACGAAGCGCUUUCCAAACCAACUCAGCAACGUCAAGCUAUCGUGGGAUCGUUGCCUCUUCUCCUGAGAGCAGUUUAGACUCGCAGGAUAUUCAUCCAUUUCGAUCGGGAGCUGAAGAAUCAAGACAGGUAACAGGUUUACCUUCUGUCAAUAUAGCUGCUCCCCAGGGAUUUCCUUUCUCGAGGUCUACCAGUGACGGGUAUGAAGCAUCAGGUGGGGAAGAUAGUGAUCGAGUUUCUUCGAGAAUUAUCCAGACAUCAACAAAUUGGAGCAAUAUUCUUUUCGAUCCUGGGCAGGAUGAGAGUGUCGUUAAACUAAAAGCAUCAUCAUCAUCCAGCCAGGCUAAUAUGAGAAUUCUGUGA